CUCCGUGUGAUCGGCACGUACGCUCGCGUUAUUCGUCCGGCAGCAGGUUUCUCCUCCUUUCCUUUCGAUUUUUUUUUUUUUUUCGUUUUCUUCUUCUCUGUCGCUCUUCCUUCCCCCCUCCUGGGGGGGGGGGAUUCGCACGUCCGGGGGACAUGAGCGAAAUAACGCGAGCGGUUGCUAGGUGUCACGGUCACGGAUGGUGAGCCGCGAUAACCGGACGGCCCGGACUCUUCGCGAAUCUUUUUUUCCGCGUGUCUCUUCCGCCAGGUCGCGAGAAGAACUCUCCGUUCCUUGUCGACGUCGAGUUUCUCAUCGUAAUUGGUGACCAUCCUGCACGAGUAUAUCCCACGUCAAUCUACACGUGUCGCGACUCACCGCUUCUGGUCACAGAGCGGGCACGCGUUGGCGCUUCGUGUAACGAAAUCCGAAACGACACGGUUUAUAUUGGAUAUUCCGGCGUUCUAACUGCGCAUUCUGACUCCGGUCCGGCGGAAAAGCGGGACGGCUGCCAGAUCGCAAGGAAAAAAAAUCAUCCCGGGCGUCAGAUCCGCGUCCUAUCGACUCCGUCGUUUGGCAGCGCCGUUAACACAUCCGUCACUUCCGUUUCCUCAUCUCCAUUACGAAAAUUACUCACAUAUACGUGAUAAUCGAUGAACCGCGGCGAAGCACAAAUAUUAUUUCAUAAAGAAACACGAAAAGGCUAAAGGUUUGCUAAAGCUGAUACUGAGCGUAUCGUUCGACAAUGUGAUAUGAUUUUGUUCUCGAAUGGACCGUCUCUGUAAUCUUUUUGCUGGAUAUAGUCUUCGGAGAAGUUCCGUAGAAAACGAGGGCAAGGUGACGCGAUAUAUCUGAGCGAGGGACGAGGUCAGAGAUUCCAACAGUUAUCAGAUUCAAGUUCGAGUGAUUCUCGCGAGAGGCGUCGGAUGUACUCCGUUUCUCGAGUUGGAUUUACCGACAAAAAGUCGUCGAUCCAACUUCCUGUGGUAGAUCUCUCGAGUGCGACGUCCGCGGAUGUCCGCGAUUCUCCAACUACGAAUACACAUACAUUUGAUCAGCGUCAAGAAAUCUUUGUAGUAAAAGCGAGAAAAAUUUCAAGCAUUCGACGGAGAAGCUCAAGGAGAUCGGCGAGCCGCAGUGCACAAUGUCGUAUCAUCGCGGCGGGCAGGCGGGCGCCGUAGCGGUCUCAUACAGUACCAGUCCAAUGGCACCGCACUCGCCCAGCCGAAGGUACUCGAGUGGCACCAGCGGCGGUGGCACCACCACCUCUGCGCUCGGUAGCUCCACGUCCAAGUACAGCAGCUACCGUUCCACCGGCUCAUCCUCGAUCCUGGACCGACCCACCAGCUUCUACACAUCGUCCUCGAGCUCGGGCUUGCGCUCAAACUUUAUCUCUUCGGAGUACAGGAGGUCCUAUUGCGCGCCAGGAAGCUUCUACUCGUCGGCUUCUACCGGCACGAGCGUCCGCAGGAACUACUCAUCGGAGUAUCACAGUCGAUCCACCUGCUCACCCGCAAGGUCAGUCUCGUCGUCGACGUACAGCGAAACGGGCGGCAGCAGCGGCGCCGCAUUAGCAACAACGAUCGUCAACGGCACCAGCAGCAGCAGCAGCGGUAGUGGCAGAUACAUCUCGACUACGCCAAGCGCCUCGGUCAACUCGUCCACGUCUUCGAGAGAACGCGGCAGCGUCGACGCGGCCGCCGCGGCCGCCGACAUCAUCAGCAGGUACUCGCCAGCCGGCUAUGUGCCUAGUAUUCAACGUCAACAACAGCAAACAAGCGGCGGCAGCGCGCAUCACUGGAAGCACCGUUCGCCGUCAUCGGCCUUGAGCGAAUUGUUCGGUGGGGACGAGCGCGAGGUCGAGCACAAGGAUCUCCGUCUGGAGUCCUUGCUCUCCUCGUCGUCAUCCUCAUCGUCCGUGGCUACCGGAGCGGCCGGUCUAUGGUCCAAGUCCAGCAAGAGAAGACCGUCUACCAACAGCACGGUGCUCGCCACCGUCGGGCAUUCACGUACGGAUGGCGCUGUUUCUCUCGCCGAGGUAACAACCAUCGACGAUCACGUUACCCGUAAACCAAAUGACGACGACGACGACGACGGAAACGACGGUACCAAGGACGACCAUCACAAUAACAACGGCAACGCCGGCAACACGGGGCGCGACGGCAACGGCGAGGAUAUCGCGUGCGGAUACGGCGUUAACAACAACGACAACGAGCAUGACGACGGUAACGACGUGGACGGGGACGACGACGGAAACGAGGACGAGGACGGCGACGACGCGAAUGACGACGAUAAUCUCAACAAUUGCCACCACCGCUUCCACCAGCAGCGUCGCCACCGACCGAACAAGGUCUCGCCCGCUAAGCGUAACGUUCUCUCACCCGCUGCCGCCGCCGCCGCUGGUGGUUUGAUCGGUGUUGGUAGCCUUGACCUGUUAACUAACCUCGCUACUAAUCCUCAUAACACCGAGCUGCUGAUCAAUAACAACGCUCAGGACAAGGUAACAGGAAGGGAGGAGGAGAACGAGGUUACAACGAACGACGAGGUAACGCGCGGCAUCGACGAUGUGCCGUCGAUCGUGUUUCUGCAACGCGAUCGCGUCAGCGAUAUUCCUGAGGAUGGCGAGGAAGAGAAUAGCGCAUUCAAUAGCACAGACGAAAACGAUUUCGGAGGAACGAUCAACAACAUAGCCGGUAGACCGUCCGUCGCACACGGCGACGACCCGUCCAUCCCUUCGACGUCGAGGAGAACAGAUCAACCCGGUCUCUUUUCGUGUGCUGCAGGCAACAGUCUGACAUCGUCACCGACGAAUCCAUCCACGGCACACCAGAGUAUCUAUCGCGGAGUCAACGAGCAAUACGAAGGAAGCCCGACUAACAGGUCGGCACGUAGCCGUCUGCAAGCUCUUCGUGAUGAACGAUGUGGUCUAAAUGGCUUACGGAAUAUUGGAAAUACAUGUUUCAUGAACAGCGUGAUUCAAUGCUUGAGCAACACAAGGCCUCUGUUAGAGUAUCUACUAAACGAACAAUAUCUGACCGACAUAAAUACGACAACGUCCAGCAUGAAAGGUGCUUUGAUCAAAGCGUUCAGUCAAGUGAUUCACGAAUUGUGGGAAGUGGGCGGUGAUCACGUAGUGAACACGACCGCGCUUAAGUCUCAAAUACAGAGAUUCGCACCACGUUUCAUGGGCUACAGUCAACAAGACGCUCAAGAGUUUCUCAGAUACUUGCUGGAGGGUUUGCACGAAGAUGUCAACAGAGUCACUACAAAGCUACCGCCCAUACACGGAGACAUACCUGAUAGUUGCACGGAUAUGCAGAAAGCGGUGGAGAGUUGGAAACGAUAUCUACGCAGCGAAGAUAGCACGAUAGUCGACGUUUUCGUCGGACAGUUACGUUCAUCUUUACGUUGCACUUCCUGCGAUCACGUAUCAGUCACUCUUGAUCCAUUCUGGGACUUAAGCUUGCCGAUACCAGCCAGAAGCGGUACGGUAAAGCUGAGUCAAUGCUUGGAGCAUUUCACAAGAGAGGAGGUAUUAGAUGGCGACGAGAAACCAACAUGUUCCAAAUGUCAAAUGAGAAGAAAGUGCACCAAGAGCUUCAGCAUACAGAAAUUCCCGAAAAUUUUGGUUAUUCAUUUGAAACGUUUCUCUCCGAUGGAGCGCUUUCGCGGCAAGCUGAACGUGAUGGUGGACUUUCCCCUGACGGGUUUGGAUCUCAGUGCCUUUGCCGCCCCGAGAGUUCCGGGCUGCACGUACAAUCUGUACGGGGUCGCGAAUCAUUCUGGCACCACAUACUCCGGUCACUACACCGCGUACUGCAAACACCCGUACUCGGGGGAAUGGCAUGAGUAUAACGACAGCCGAGUGUCCGUCGUGUCAUCACGAUCGGUCGUUUCCAGUGAAGCCUACGUACUGUUUUACGAACAACAGCCUCACAGUUCUCAUUUGUAACCUUACGCCAUAUUUAGAGAGUAAAACAACCAUCUUGCCUCUCUCGAUACCUCAGCUCAGCCUAGUAAAACUGUCUUCUGACGUAUUGAAAAGCGACUAAACACUGAAAGAAACGGAGGGACAUCGUCUCUUCUCGGACAAGACCAACGUGACCUUAUUGGCGAUAAUCGUGUCUCUUCCCGCAAUACGUUUCUCGACGUAGUGUCGCAUACGUGUAACAUCUUUUCAUAAAAAAAAAAGCAUACGUAAAUCGCUAUAUAAUUGAUAAUUCAACGUAAUUAUGAUAUAUACACGUGCUUUUUGACGUGGAAAAGUAUUUCCGCGAUCAUGUUUGAUCUAUAUGGAAAUUAUUUUUUUACGUAAUAUUUUUUGCAAGUCCUAAUUUAUACAUUGAGAUCGUGUUUGAGAUAGGAAGACGAUACUGUAUUUAUUCGUUACUUUAACCGCAUGUGGGGAAUGUUUCUAUCUAAAAGAGAAACGAAGGUACGAGGGUACGAGGGUCGCCAAAGAUCACACAUAGACACACACACACACACACACACACACACACACAAUACACGCAAUGCUUCAGAUGUCUAGUUACUUUUGAAUAGACAAGUAGUGACACAUCUUCUGUCUCUUUUUCUCACUCUUCAUUGAACACAUGGCGACAUACAGCUAUUUACUUUUGUAAAAUAUUUUGUUUAAUAUAUAUAAUCACAGUCAAGAG